CUUGAAUUUUCUCACAAGAAAAUUACAAAAUUUUGAAGAAAAUUCAAAAAUUUUGGAUGAAAAGCUCGAUUUUUUGCAUUUUUCUCGUAACAUCACUCGCCGCCUGUCUGUUUCUCGUCAAAAAUCAAAGGUAAAAAGACUGUCGAUUUAAUGAUACGCCGUCUCGCUCAAAGCACUUUCAGUUCAAAUUUUGCACGAAUAACACGACGUUCCCUUUGCAGCUCCUCAAAAAUGACUCCAUAUGCCGUUUGUUACGUUACCGCACCCGAUGAGACCAUCGCGAAGAAGCUUUCGCACGAAAUCAUCACGAAACAACUUGCAGCCUGCGUUAAUAUCGUCCCGCAAAUCACUUCUGUCUACGCGUGGGAAGGAAAAAUCAACGAAGAUGCCGAAGUAAUGCUCGUUAUCAAGACCAAAAAGUCCCGCGUUGACGAUUUAUCGGAAUUUAUCAGAGCAAAUCAUCCAUAUUCCGUUGCCGAAGUCAUCUCCAUGCCCAUUGAGAAUGGAAAUCCGCCGUAUUUGGACUGGAUUGGCAAAACUGUUCCUGAAAAAUAAAGAAAAAUUAAAUAAAUUUGUUCAAAUUUAACGUUUUUCAUUCAAAUCUAACAAAAACUCGACGACUUGACGUCUCAAAUCGACAAAUUUGACGUUUUCAGUAUUAAUCCAUCG